AUGACCGGAGUUCAGAAGCCGACCUGGAGAAGAUGGCGUCGACGAAGGAAGGCGCUAUGGACGCUCGGCGCACCCGCCACGCCAUCCAUCGAUGCGAAGAGUCACCUUAAACUGGCGGACCAUGAGCGGCCGGUGGCGUGCCAGCUCGCAGUCUGCGGUGCACCACAGUGGAAGAAGACUCGCAAAAACUGGAUGCGCGGGCUCGCAGAGCUAGAGGCGGAGGAGCUUGUGCAGAGCAAGGUCGUGCAGCACGACGGCAAGGUCAACGGGCAAGCCAUCGAGGUGUCGCGAGCUGAGAAAGAGCAUCUCGUGGCUGCCACUGCGGCCGCGGCCAAGGCGACGAGCAGCUGUGGAAACUGCUAA